UUGCUGUAGAGGACAGCCACUAAUGGCUCAGCUGCUGGGAGAAAUGGGUCUGUGGGAGAUUAGUGGCCAUACAGCUGAGUAUUAGCGCAUUAGCUUCUAACACAUGCGGGUUUCAUAUCUGCUUUAAGCUCGACUUUGUCCUGGCGAUUUUUCCCUGGAGGGAAUCCCCGUCGCCAUCUUAAGACGCCGUUAGUUUAUCAUUACAAGUAAAGUUCGACUUUAUAACCAUACAGACUAGCAGAACAGCUCCUUCCGGGUUAUGUGCUAAAAAACACUCCAGUACUAAAUGACAGAGUAUCCCUAUUCACUCUUAUGUGGCUUUUUUGUUUGUUUGUUUGUUUGUUUGUUUGAUUUAUUUAUUUAUUUAUUUUCACAUGCUUUAUAGUAGGGUAGUGUGCGGAUUUGAGACGUACUGUAACUCCCUCCUCGUAGUGGGACGGCCCAUUGACACAGCAGGCUACUACACUACCUCCGGCUGCUUUCAACUCAGUUCACAAGUUCACAACUUUUCCCUCAGUAGGUAGCCUGCGCUCUCUCGUGCGCUUGUGUGCUGGUCUCGCGCGAUGCCUCGGAACUGAGCGCUCGAGCUGAAACACAAUGGCGCCGUUUGGACGAAACUUUCUGAAAGCACGACUGAAAAGCAGCUGAGAGGGUUUUUGUGUCUGAAUGGAGAGCUCUGCUGUAGGAGUGAGAGGACUUGCUUACAGUGUAGGCGACACUGCUGUUGGAUCAUAUGGUGGCUCAGGCUCGAGUUACUCCUCAGCUCUGCUCUUCAGCUCACACACAUGCAGGUCUAAAGAGACAGAGGAGACACCAGCAAAAGAAGUCCAAGUUUUAGUAGGCAAAGAGGAGAAAGUUGUUUCUGGUGUCACCAAGCAUACAACCUGUGCUGAUGUGGUUCAGGCUUUACUGGAAGACCAUAAGACCAUACCAGAAAGUAAAAGAUUCCUACAUGGAGAGCCAAAAGAGUUCUGUCUCCUGGAGCGGUGGAAGGGGUUUGAAAGGGCUCUGCCUCCCCUCACGCGUAUCCUCCGUUUGUGGAAUGCAUGGGGUGAUGAGAGACCCUUCGUACAGUUUGUUUUAGUGAAGACUAGUGAGUUUGUACCCAAAAGGGCUUCAAAGUCUAAGGGACUUAGGUCUAAGAGAUGGGAGCAGGGUCCAGCUCAGUAUGCCAGGAACCUUCCUGUGGAGCGCCAGAAACGCAUGGUGAAGAAGGCCUUCCGCAAACUGGAGAAAAUGCAGAAGGAAGGAAGCUCAGAGGGUUCUGAGGAAAUUGACAAAAUGGUGCAACUUAUCAUCUCCCAGGACUACACCAUCCGACAGCAGCUUCACCAGAUACGGGAUCUGGACCUGGAGCUCGAGCUUGUGGAGCAGCAGCUGAAAGAAAGCUGUGUGCCUGAUUCAGGGCUCACUGAGAGUGCCAAUAGUCAAUUGCUUUCUUUAUCUAUAUCCCAGUGUGAGGACCAACUGCAGGAAUACUUGUAUACCAGUGAUGGUAUUGCACAACUGGACCUACAGGUGCUCAGACAUCAGGAACUCAUUGAUGAGCUUUCUAGAGCCAUUGACCUGGAGCUGAGGAAAGCUGUUUGCACAUUGGACACUGAGGAACUUGAAGGGGCAACAGCUGCAAGUCCUGCUUUGGAGUUUGACCCCAUCUCUGCCCUGUCGUCUGCAGAAUCUUUAGAGCUGGAUACCUUGCGGACUGAGUUGGAGGCAAGUAUGAGAGCAGGAAUUUCCCUCCACACCCAAACCCAGGACCUUGAAAAGGAGCUUCAGCAUAACACAACAUUGCUGCAGUCCAGGAACCAGGAGUACCAGUACCUUAUUGCACAGCUGAGCUCAAUGCAGCUGGAGGACUGUGCUGAGCCACCCAACCCUGUUUACCUGAAGAGCCCAGUCAGGCCUGGUGUCUCUCAGAAGACCGCAGGGACACUUAGACAGAAACUUUCACCUAGUGAUGUGACAGACACAGACUCGGACACUGGUAUAAGCUCCACUCAUAGUCAGGACUCACUGUCUCCUUGUGUGGACAGACAGCCCCCCGUGGACACUGAUGUCUAAAUGAUGGAAGUGCAAAUAUACAGUACAUAACCCACUUUAUCAGCUGGUCUUGAUGAAUAGGGGGUCUCAAGGAAGCUCUUUAUAAAUAUGCUCUUUCAAGGAAGCUCUUUAUUAUUAGCGCAUUGUUCAAUUGACAGAAAUGGUUAAAAUUGUGAUGCAUUAGUAGCAAUGGCAAAAAUGAAAAAUGUACAUUUAUAAUUUUGCUAUCAUAAAUAGUCUAGCUAUCAAACAGGCAUAAUUUAUAGAAGACAAUAGUGACAUAAAAUCUCUUGUGUGAGCUGAUAGUGGACAUAAACAGCAUCUCAAUCAGUAUCAGUCAGCAAUACUUUAGGAAAAAAGUAUCAACUGUGAUUUUUAGGCCCUUAUUUGGUCAUAUUUGCUCACAGAGAUCUGUGUGUUCACUUGUACGUAAUUUAUCAUUUUCACUUGGCUAGGUAAUAAUGGAUCUGUGAAACUUGUGAUGUGUUAAACAGUGAACUUUUCUAAAGAUUCCCCCAUUCAGUCUAGGGCUUUUUGUAACAUUUUCAGAAGACUGGGCUUAGCCUUGCAUAAGUGAUGUAAGCCCCACUAUAUGCUAUAUGGCCAAAUGUUUGUGGACACCUCCCCAAACUGUUGCCACAAAGUUGGAAGCACACUAUUGUAUAGGAUGUCUUUAUAUGCUGUGUCAUUACAAUUUCUCUUUACUGGAACUAAGGGGCCCAUUCCAAAUGUUCCAUUUCAACAUUUUUUUUUUUUUUUUUUUUUUUUUUUACAAUUUAUUUAUAAAGAAUGUAAGUAUUUAAAGUAUAGACAUAACAGUUAUAAAUAAAAUAGGCUUAUAAUUGAAAGUAUAAUUGUUUUAUAUUAAAACAUAUAACAGAAUUUGUGUAGAACCUCUACUAACUUCUCAGAAAUGCUUUUUUGAUUCACUGUAUAAACUGUUUCUACACCAUGUAGCCUGUUUCAUAAAGCUAUGAUAUGAACUAAUAUACUUGUACUGUAGACAAUGUGAUAAACAUACAUGUAAUUUUAAAUUACUUAGAAAAGAGUAUUUAUUUAUAAAUGAGUUGUUUUUUUAAGUACCCGCUAUAUUUCUCUGACUCACAGUAUAUUCUUAUAUUGAUGAGUUUAAAUUUUUGUACAUGUCAAAUUUCCAUUCACACAUCUUGGAGGAUUUUCCCCCUUUUUUUCUUACCGUAAGACUUUUUUUCCCAAUAAAAUCACACAGUAAAAUUGUGUAAACUUUCCUUUUUAGACUAGCCACUCACAACCACACUGUAUCAUCACAGCCUCUGGAAAUGAAACAGCACAUGCAGCAGGAAUGCAGCUUGACUCAGGUGUAAUGAUGGGGUAAGUGAGGAAUUCUAAUAGAAACACCACUGUACACCUCUUCAGUUCAGGCCAGGAAAUAGAUAUUUGAGCUGUUUGGCAUGAAGCAAUUCCCUCAUUUUCUUUGUCUUUGAAUGUGCAACAGGCCAAGGCAAUCUCAUUAAAGUGCUGUUUUGUUGCUAUGUAAUGUAAUCUUCUCCUGCUCACUCACAUGGGGACAUGUUAUUUGGUUAUCAUGUACAAUGUGUUGUCAUGAUGGGGUGUUAUAAUGCUAAUCAGAGAGCUCCUCAGGAUCAUUAUAUGUAUAUUUUACAUAUAUACACUGCAAAAUAUUUAUAUAUAUCAUUAUCACACUGUGAUAAUUAUCAAAAUGUUUUACCUAACUGCCAAAAGGAACGGUGCCAGCAUAAAUCAGAGAUGGCUCAUCAUGCCACCAUUACCAUGGCGACUUAUUUCCCUCCACCGUGCAUUCAGGAGGAAGGAGAGGCCUGCCAAAACUCUGUUGUGUUGCAAAACGGCCAUAAUUACCUUGCUAAAAACGUCAAUUACUGCUUCUCCCACUGCUGAUGCAGUAGCUUCUCCAGCACUAACAAUUACUUGAUCUAAGUCUCAUAAAUAGUCAUUUUAGAUGCCAUUUUAAAGAAACAGUUCUUUGUGUUGAACUGUAGCUGACUGAACAUAGUAACAGCUUUACCGGCUAGGUGUGAGCAAAACAUGAAGAGCCCCAAGACAUAGGUAAUUGUUCAAAUUUGUGCAAUGUGUGUGUGUUGUCUUAAGCAAUCUUAUCACAUUAGAUGAGCUAGUCAUAUCCCUAGUAAGAGACUUGCUGUUGUCCUAACCAACUGGAGAUAACAUCAGAUUUCAUACAGGUUUGAUGUGGUUUGCCUCAGGUGAGAUAAGAUAGGGACAGACUGAGUAAGACAGAUGAGUCAUGCUGGUUGUGGUCUUCAUACUGCCUUAGCUGAGUGGAGUCAUUCUACAGGCUAGUCUUUCCACCCAACAACCAGCAACCAUAGACAUAUUGGCCAAGUAAAUAACAAAAUCUUGAAUUUCAUUUCCAGGCCAAUCCUUUGUUUAGGUGUGGGUUCUAAACAAAAGCAAGUUGUGUUAAAUCACAACAACCAGUGACUACAAAUUGGCUAAUCAAAGCAAAGCAAAUUAAUUUUGCACACAUUCCCUUUAGACCUCAGCAAAACAAAUUUCCACUGUUAUUCAAAUCCAAUUCAUUACAUAUGCAUGGAGCAUGAUUAUUACUUAUUAGGCUUAUGAAAACCACAAAAGCAAUUCACUUUACAGCAAGCCAAUUUCUCUUUUGUUUGAACUUUGAUAACAUGCUGAGAGCUAUAAUCUUUUAAUAUCAUGUGCAAUGAUGAAUUUCAUGUGCUACAACCAAUUCUCUGAUGAGAGACUGACCAAAUGAUGAUCCUCUUGUCUCAAAACACAUUCCACCCUUCAAAUCAUUAAUAUAAUUAAAAGCAGAGAUCCAAAAAUAAUCCUAUUCUCCAACCUCAAAUAAUAAUCUGAUUCUUUUUACUAUUUUUUUUAAUAUACUGGAUUAGGUAAUGAAAUAUGUCAUGGGAAACGUCUAUUUUAAAUGGUAGCUGGAAUGUAUGAUAUUGUCAGAGUUGUGUAAAUAUAGUGUCAGUUCUUAAUUACAUGAUUCUCAAAUACAAAAAUGAGGGAUCAGGUUUAUGGGCCCUAAUGGCAUAAUAUGGUACUAGAGAAGACAAACCAUGCCAUUAAAGUGACUGCAGUAAUCUUUUAGCACUAUUCAGUGUGUUUAACGCAGCAUGGGUAUAGAUUUUUUGUGUAAAACGUUAAAAAAAUGUAUAGAACAUAUAGUCAAAGAAAAGUUAUUACAGUGGGCUCCUUUGUGGGCUAGAACAUAAUAAUGCACAUAUAUUAAAAUGCUGUUUAAUUUUGAGAAUCCUCAAAAUUUGAGAAAAGCACUAAGGGAGUCAGUGAAGUGAAGAGAACCCACUGGAUUAAACAACACUGGCAUGCCUGAACAACACCAGCUUCAGAAGGCAAUUGCCUCAACCCUAAACACUGUUAGAAGAGACGCCAUCAGGCACAAAGCUAUAAAUUUUGUGGUAAUUAGACAAAAGUCAGGACAUGCAGUCAGCAAUGAAAACAUUAAUAAAAUCUGUCUACUUCAUUCCAUAUUAUUUAGAUCUGGGUAAGUUUAUUAUUUAUCUAAACAAUGAAUCCUAAAAGAGACAAUGUCUAACAUAUGAUCAUAGAGAAAGUAAAGAAAUCUCAGCAGCAUUAUAGAUACAUAGCAUUUUCUUUUCCAAACCUUUUUGGAACUCUUCUCACCAUAUAAUGUAGAGUACAGGCUGAACCUGUUCCUGUUUCUGUUUUAAAAAAUCAUCAGAGAAGAAGAAUGUCUCUGAUAAUAAGGAUAUAAUAUGCAUGAUGGUUUUGGAAAACCUGUCGGGUGUCUCUGUGGCUGAAUUCUUGCAAACAUCAAAAAAAAUAAAUAAAAUAAAAUAAAAAAAUUAAAAAAACUUGAAAAAUUGGGUUUGGGUGUUCUGCCUUUUACAUAAGGUAGCUUGACACCUCAACUUUAAGAAACCAUAAAUGUAACUCACCAAAUCAUUUUAAUCAAGUUAAUCAUUUUAACAAACUUGGUGUUAAAAACAGUCAGUCUUUCAAAAUAUGUCUAAAACCUUGCUAGCUAAUUUCCUCACAUAGUGAAUAUCAUGCUUUGAUCAACUUGUUGGAUAGUUUUGUGUGACCAGGCGAUGUCUUUCCAGCUGUCCAUUUUUGGUGAACCUGUGCCCACUGAUUCUUGUUCUUGGCUGAUGGGAGUUGAACCUGAUGUGAUUUUCUGCUGUCUUAGCCCAUCUGUCUCAAGGUUCAGCAUGUACAGCAUUCUGAGAUGCUAUUCUGCUCACCAUGGAGUGAUGAGCAGAGAGUGGUUAUUUCAGUUUCCAUAACCUUCCUAUCAGCUGGAACCAGUCCGGGCAUUCUCGUCUGAAACAACAGCAGUUGAUGACAGAAACAUUGUGAGAGCUGUGAAGAAAAACCCAAAAACAACAGUCAGUGGCAUCACCAACAACCUCCACAGGGCAGGGGUGAAGGUAUCACAAUCCACCAUUUGAAGAAGAUUUCAAGAGCAGAAAUAUAGAGGCCAUACCAUAAGAUUCAAACCACCCAUCAGCAGUAAGAAUCAGAAGGACAGAUUGGAAUUUGCAAAGAAAUACAGAGAUGAGCCACAAAAGUUCUGGAACCAAGAUUAACCUCUACCAAAGUGAUGGAAAGGCCAAAGUGUGGAGAAAGAAAGGACCUGCUCAUGAUCCAAAACAUACGAGCUCAUCAGUCAAGUAUGGUGGAGGUAGUGUCAUGGCUUGGGCUUGCAUGGCUGCUUCUGGAACUGCCUCACUAAUCUUUAUUGAUGAUAUAACUCAUGAUGGUAGCAGAAUGAAUUCAGAAGUCUACAGAAACAUUCUGUCUGCCAAUUUACAGAGAAAUGCAUCCAAUCUAAUUCAGAGGAAUUUCAUAAUGCAGCAAGACAAUGACCCAAAACAUACUGUUAACACAACAAAGGACUUCAUCAGAGAAAAAAGUGAAACAUUUUAGACUGGCCAAGUCAAUCAGCAGACCUUAUCCCAAUUGAGCAGCAUUUCACCUCCUGAAGAGGAGACUGAAGGGAGAAACCCCCCAAAACAAACAACAACUGAAAGCUACAGUACAAGCCUGAAAAAGCAUCACAAAAGAAGAAUGCAACAGUUUGGUGAUGUCAGUGAGUCACCAACUUGAUGUAAUUAUUGCAAGCAAGGGAUAUGCAAACAAAUAUUAAGUGUUAUUUACAUUAAUUUACUUUAAGACU